GUCUUGGCUCUUCUCGCUGAAGGGCAGCGACGUGUUCUCAGGAAUUUGGAAGGCCACUGCUCGGCCAGAAGGCGAGCAGUCGGAGCGGAAAAUCCACCAGGAGGAGGUGGUGUCCGCCAUCAUCCCCGCCGCCCGGAAGACCUGGGAGGACCUGGCGACCAGCGUCGAGACAGGUCAAGCCGUCCUCAAGGAUAUCAGGUGGGUGGUGGAGUACGCCUGGAACAAGGUCAAUUUGGAGCUCAAGCUUCUGGAGUCGACGGCGCCGAAGACGAAGGCUUGGGUGCCAGAGGCCACUGAGCUUUGCAAGUCCAUGCGCUUAGCUGCGAAGCUCCGAGAAUGGGCUCCAAGCAUGCUUCACUUGCGGAACCAGAGCCUGUCGGAGCUCUUCAAAGACUCUGGCAAGGAUGAGUGCGUGGAGAAGCUGAAUCAG